GCUGUGCGCUCUUUCCCGCUCGCUCCGCACUCUCCGAGCUGCAUUGCUCUCGCGCUCUCUGCGCCGGCGAUCGCUUAUAAAAGCGGGCCGCACAGACCGAAGAGCACACAUUCUCGCUCUCUUCGUUCUCCAGUAAACAGCUCGUCAGCUGCGCUACUUGCCUUUCGGUUCGUUCGGUGACUGGUGCGUGCUAAAAAUUGAACAGAAAUUGAAAAUUUAUGAAACAUGCUGAAACGGACACAUUAAACUGAAACAAACAAAACCGACAAAAAUGCAAUAUUAGCAACAAUUAAAAUUCUAAAAGGACUAACAGCCAAAAAUACCAACGAAAAACCAACUUUAAAUGCAGCAAAAGUGAAAUAGUGAGACGAAAAAAUUGUGUUUUAGCAAUUUUUCGUAAAGCAACUAAGAAGACUCGCCAGAGAAAUUCAAUUUGAAAUCAGUUUUUCGAAACUCCAAACACAAAAACCAACCAAAAUGUUGUGGGAAACCAUCCAGGAAGAAACCAACUGCAGUAUGGAUUGCAAUAUCAGCAACUCCAAUAGCCACAAGCUGACCGGCACCCGUCGCGCCCGUCGCUCGCUGGAAUUGAUGGCCAUGGAUCACCAUCAGGAGGAGCUGUCGUUCUACGACGACGAUGUGGUGCCACAGGAUCAGCAGCGAUCGGCGAGUCCCGAGCUGAUGGGCCUGCUGUCGCCCGAGGGAUCGCCACAGCGCUUCCAGAUUGUGCGCAAGCAGCACAUUCUGCCAGCUGCCGCUUCGGCCACCUCGCACACACCCGCCCGCAACAGCUUCAGAGUCUUCAACAGCCUGUCCUCCACUUGCUCCAUGGAGUCGUCCAUGGAUGAUGAGUAUCUGGAAAUGUUCGAGCUGGAGUCUCAGAGCCAACAGAACGCCGUUCUUGGAUUUCCCAGCGGCCUGAACUCGCUGAUCAGCGGUCAGAUCAAGGAGCAGCCAUCGACCGUUGCCCGGUCACCGGCGGGUCUCUCCAUGCGUCGUCCUUCGGUGCGCCGCUGUCUCAGCAUGACUGAGAGCAACACUGCCACACCACCCGCCCAUCUACAGCCACCAAAGACGCCAGAGACUGCUGCCCGCGACUGCUUCAAGCGCCCGGAUCCCCCGGCAUCCGCCACCUGCUCGCCCAUUCAGAGCAAGCGUCAUCGCUGCGCCACCGAGAAGGAGAACUGCCCAGCACCGCCCGCUCAGAUCCUGCCCAGCAGCAACCCCCCGCCGCUGAGGAAGUGCAUGUCGCUGAACGAUGCCGAGAUCAUGUCCGCCUUGGCUCGCUCCGAGAACCGCAACGAACCCGAACUGAUUGGUGACUUCAGCAAGACCUACGCCCUGCCCUUGAUGGAGGGACGUCACCGGGAUCUGAAGAGCAUCUCCAGCGCAACGGUGGCUCGCCUGCUACAGGGUGAAUUUGACGAUCAGGUGGCCAGCUAUCGGAUCAUCGACUGCCGGUAUCCGUACGAGUUCGAGGGCGGUCACAUCGCCGGCGCCAAGAACCUGUACACCACCGACCAAAUCCUCGAGGAGUUUCUCUCCGUCCAACAGACUGAGCUGCAGCAGCAGCAGAACAUUGAGUCGGGCCACAAGCGCAACAUCAUCAUCUUCCACUGCGAAUUCUCGUCGGAGCGUGGCCCGAAAAUGUCGCGCUUCCUGCGCAACUUGGAUCGCGAGCGGAAUACCAAUGCCUAUCCGGCCCUCCACUACCCGGAGAUCUACCUGCUCCACAAUGGCUACAAAGAGUUCUUCGAGUCGCAUGUGGAUCUCUGCCAGCCCCAUGCCUACCGCACCAUGCUGGAUCCCGCCUACAACGAGGCCUACCGUCACUUCCGUGCCAAGUCCAAGUCGUGGAAUGGCGAUGGCCUGGGCGGAGCCACGGGGCGUCUCAAGAAGUCGCGGUCCAGGCUGAUGCUGUAAGGGAGUCCCUGGGGGAUUUGGUGGGGUGUUAUCGUAUUGUAUAUAACUCUAGACGCUUAGUUGUAUUUAUUUUCCGCGAGCAAUGCAUUUUUUAAGUUGGUUUUUUGUUGAUUUUCAUUUGUUAAAAAUCGUUAUCAUACACACACACACACACUCAUAAUCUGGCAACAACCACACACAUGACACUCGAGAGAAUUUCAUUUAGUUUUUAUUUGUUUUUAAUGUAUGGAAAUUCGGCUUUAGUUCAAUUUAUUUCUUAGCACUUUUAGUUCAAAUUUUAAAACGAGAAAAUGUGCAUUAUAAUCUAAACGAAAUCGAAAUCUUUAUAAAAUUAAGAGCUAUAAUAUGUUUACUACAGACAGACUCCUUGAUCAUUUCACUUAGAUGAUAAGCAGGAUAUACAGAAAAUGGCUACAAAAUAUCGCACAACAAACACACAAAUUCAUUCUAUUUUUUUUAAGGAAAUUACUUAAGAGUUGCAAGAGUUAAAAACUUCUAGCUAGGUACCAAUUUUUACGCUUAUUAUUUGUUUAUUUUUUAUGUAAUCCGUAAACAAAAAAUUCUAAACUAAAACAAAAACAAAAACACAAAAAAAAAACAAAUCUUUUACUAUGUAAUGAUUUAUUAUUAUUUAAGCAAAGCUUAUUUUUGCAUCAAAAAGAAAAGGCAAUAUUAUUGAACAAAGAAACCAUAAAUUUUAAAAUAUAAAUAAUUAAUACAGAACUGAAA